AUGAAGGCUCUUUCCCUCGCCAGCUGCCUCUUGGCCAGCGCCAGUGGCCUCGAAUUUGGAGGGUCUGACACGACCGAAACCCUCCUCUUAUGGCAGGUCCUCAAGUCCGGUGGAGACAUGGGCGUUCAACAGACUAUGAUGCCCCUUUUGAUGAAGAAUCUCAUGGACGACUCCACCUCCGACAAUGACGACGAUGAGCUCCAACAAAUGCUCCUCAUGGGCUCUUUCUCCAACCCAGAAAUGCAGUCUUGGCUUCCAUUCAUUCUCGGCUCGGAUAAAAGAACCACCACAGACAAGCUUCUCCUCAUGCAGUACCUCCAGAUGGCUGAGAACCAAGGUCUCCAGGGAAUGAGCGAACUCUACCCCUUGAUGAUGAUGAACGAAGACCGAUACUGCGAUAAGAACGGUAUCAUCUGUGAAUGUAAAGAGUCCAAAGCCGAUUCUCUUCUAAAAAUCAUGCUUUUGACUGGCGGCUCUUUCCUUGGCAACUCGCCCCAACAGAAUCUCUUUUUCCUCCUCUUCAACGACGAAGAUGGAUGUACAUGUACCAUGGAAGAUGGAAGCGGAGAACAACAAUGUACCGAGGAUGAAGUUAAAGGAAUUGACCCAAUGAUGAUGUAUUUCAUGAUGUCUGCCAUCCCCACUCCACUUCAAAACCAACCAGAAUUCGUCCCAAGAUCCUUCGGAUUCGACACCAAGCAGCUUUUGAUGAGCCAGAUGGCUGGUCUCCCACAGGAAUACCAGUACCUUAUGAACGUCGACGGUGCCAGCCGACGAGAACUCAUGAAGCUCCAGCUUUACCAAACCAUCGGAGUUCCACCAGCACUUAUUGAGCUCUUUUCUGCCAAGGCUUCCGGACAGCCUCUUCAGCCAUCCGACAAGUACAACAUGAUCCAGUGGAUCUUCCCCGAUCAAGAGCUCGCCCCCGAAAUCACCGCCCUCAUGAUGGGUGUCAGCGGAGCCAAGGAAUUCUACAUCUCCUCGCUUCUCAGCUCCAACCAGAUCCCAGAAAUCACUGGUAUCCUCAUGAUGGCUGUUGCCGACAAUGCUCCUGCUACUGAAAUCAAGGCCGUCCUCACCCAAGUCGCUUCUGGACAGCUCAACCCUGAGCAGUUCCAUGUCAUCAACAAGCCAUUUGUUCCAGAGCUCCCAGUUGGUAUCUAUCCCGGACAGGAACUUUUCUUCAUCCACAUCCAUCUCCUCGGACUCGAUACCUGUGCCAUGCACGACCUCAAGAACCGAUACCCGUGCCAAAAGAACCAGUACGGCGGACGAGGCCCACUCAACGCUGAACAAUGUGAAAUCGCCCCAUACUGCUGCUGGAAUCCCGUUCAGCUCAGCGACAGUCAAGUUAGCGCUUUGACCGAUGGUGAGAUCACCAAGGCCUCCAAUGUCCCAUGGUGCUACUACAAUGUCUUCUUCAUCUUCCACGACCAAUACAAACUCAAGGUUGCUCGACCAAUCAAGGCUCAAAACAUUCAAACACCCGCCGUCAGAAAAUUGAAAGUGAGCUGGACUGACGCUGGCACAGGAGAAACAAAGUGGGCCCUUGUGCAGCUUGGUGCUGGCGGAACUGCUGCCGAUCUUACUUGCAAAAAUCUCAUUGUUGAUACCAACGGCGAGGCAACAGACCUUGAUGAUGGAACAGCCUGUAGUACUGCGAACAUUGUUCUUCCAGGCGGCAUUACUGGUCCUUUCCUUGCUCCCCCAAAAUUGGUUGAAAUGGUCAAAGCUAAAUAUAACCGAGAGGAAGCUCUCUGGAACACUGCCUUUGCUCCUCCAGCUCAAUGCCCAGGACUCUUCCGAUAUGGUCUUCAACUCGACCCCAUCGUCUACGCUCGAUCUGUUGCGAACCCACUUACUGGUCUUGCCGCAGUCAACACCAACUCCGCCAUCAGAGCUCUUCUCAACGAGCGAACAGACUGUGGCUUCCCCGGUAUUCCAAAAUUCCAGUGCGUCGCCAUCCGAGGUUGCUGCUGGGACGAAGCCGUCUACAACCCCGCCUACAAGAUCCCACAGUGCUACAAGCCAAUCGAUCUCGUCCCCGCUUCCGUGUUCAAGAUUGUCGAGCCACCAGCAGAACUCCGACCAGUCGCCGGAGAGUGCAACACCAACUUCUUCCGAGUCCCACAACUCUACUACGAGCGAGAAGCUUGCAACUACGACUUCGAUAUGUACAAGUACGGCGGUAUCGAGGGCAACAAGACUCCCCUCGAUCCCCCUACUCUCAACGACUGCAUCUUCAAACUCGGCUGCUGCUGGGAAGAUGAUGAAGAAAUCGUCCGAAAAUACGACUGGGUCCCACGAUGCUACAAGCGACAGCGAUCCCAAACUGGUGUCGAAACCGCUGUUCCACUCGACUUGGAUGUCAACCAGCUCGUUGCUCGCGCUGCUGAUCUCGGCGACAACUAA